AUGCUUUUCCAACUUGUCAAUAUUGGGGGAUGUUGAGGCUGAACCUGGCAACCCAGCCCAGCACAGAAUGAUGAGUAGCGGUGACUGGGAGUCAUGGAUUAGCUCACAUUCUUCUCCUCUGAACGCUAUACGAACUUUGUGUGUCUGUGGUGUGAAGUUGUGUUUGUUUCGCUUUUGUUUCACGAGUCCAACGAGUUUUUAAUUUUUGUCGGGUGAUGUCCUGAACCCAUGUUGGUCCUCGCCACCAGCGUUAGCAAGCAGAUUCUGAUGAGGGCAUUUCUACAGGCCAACUGUUCCUGACACUGCACUUGGAAGACGUGUGAGCUGCAGAUCCUCACCAUGUCCAAGAGCAAGGGUCCUGAGACAGUGAAGGUGGUGGUCCGAUGUCGCCCAAUGAAUGAAAAAGAACAGGCAAACAAAUUUGAAAGGGUUGUCUCUGUGGAUGUGAAACUGGGCCAGAUUGUGGUCAGGAACCCCAGAGAAGCUUCAGCCAGCGAAACUCCUAAAGUCUUCACUUUUGAUUCAGUCUACGACUGGAACUCCAAACAAAUAGAUCUGUACGAUGAAACCUUCAGGCCACUGGUGGAUUCAGUUCUUCUUGGCUUCAAUGGGACCAUCUUUGCCUAUGGGCAGACGGGUACAGGGAAAACGUACACAAUGGAGGGGGUGAGAAAUGAUCCAGAGAAGAGAGGGGUGAUCCCUAACUCCUUUGAGCACAUCUUCACACACAUCUCACGAUCCCAGAAUCAGCAGUACCUGGUGAGAGCUUCAUAUCUGGAAAUUUACCAGGAGGAGAUCAAAGACUUGCUAUCCAAGAACCAAGCCCAUCGCCUUGAGCUGAGGGAGAGGCCGGACACGGGCGUUUAUGUCAAAGACCUGUCGUCAUUUGUCACCAAGAGUGUGCGAGAGAUCGAGCAUGUCAUGAACGUGGGCAACCAGAAUCGUUCUGUGGGUUCUACGAACAUGAAUGAACACAGCUCCCGAUCUCACGCCAUUUUUGUCAUCACCGUUGAGUGCAGUGAGUUGGGCGUGGACGGGGAGAACCAUAUCAGAGUUGGCAAACUGAACUUAGUAGAUUUAGCCGGCAGCGAAAGGCAGUCCAAGACUGGCGCUCAGGGGGAGAGGCUUAAAGAAGCCACAAAGAUCAACCUGUCACUCUCUGCUCUGGGGAACGUCAUAUCAGCUCUGGUGGAUGGCAGGAGCAGCCACAUCCCCUACCGAGACUCAAAACUCACCCGUCUGCUGCAGGACUCCCUGGGGGGCAAUGCCUGCACCGUCAUGGUUGCCAACAUUGGGCCGGCAUCCUACAACAUGGAGGAGACCUUGACAACACUGCGCUACUCCAACAGGGCAAAGAACAUCAAGAAUAAACCACGCAUCAAUGAGGACCCCAAGGAUGCAUUACUGAGGGAGUUUCAGGAGGAGAUCGCCAGGCUGAAAGAGCAGCUGCAGAAGCGCUUAGGGGAAAAAAAGAAGAGGAAGCAAAGGAGGAGAGCUGGGGAAGGGAGCGAUGGUGAGGAUCUGGAAGGAGAGACAGAGGAUGAUGAUGAAGAUGGAGAUGACAAAGGAGAUUACUGGGGGGAGCAGCAGGAGAAGCUGGAGAGAGAGAGGAAGGCCAUCAUGGAGGAUCACAGUCUGGUUGCUGAGGAGAAAGUUCGGCUGCUCAAGAAGAAGGAGAAUAAAAUGGAAGACUUGAGGAGGGAGAGGGAGGCUGGAGAGAUGCUUACAGCUAAAGUUAAGGCGAUGGAGAGUAAGCUUCUGGUUGGGGGGAAGAACAUAGUGGAUCACACCAACGAGCAACAGAAAAUGCUGCAGCAGAGGAGGCAUGAAAUCGCUGAACAGAAACGCUGCGAGCGAGAGAUGCAGCAGGAGAUGGAGAGUCAUGAGGAGGAGACUCUGGAGCUGAAGGAGACCUAUACUUCUUUGCAGCAGGAGGUCGACAUCAAAACCAAGAAGCUGAAAAAGCUGUUUGCCAAGCUGCAGGCAGUGAAGGCAGAAAUCCACGACAUCCAGGAGGCACACAUCAGAGAGCGUCAGGAGCUUGAACAGACCCAGAAUGAGCUCACCAGGGACCUCAAACUCAAACAUCAGAUCAUUGAGAACUUCAUUCCCCUUGAGGAGAAGAACAAAAUAGUCAGCAGAGCUUACAUUGAUGAAGAGGAUGAGCACUGGAAAAUGCAGCCCAUUACACGUAUAGAGGAUGAACAUCAGAUGAUGACCAGGCCUCUGUCUGCAGUGGGCUACAGGAGGCCUAUCUGUCACCACGCUCGCGUGGCCAUGAUGAUGAAGCCUGACACGAGAUACAAAGCUGAAAACAUCCAGAUACUGGACAUGGACCUUCCAACACGGACCACUAUAGACUAUCAGGAGCCGGAAAUCGCCCCAACUGUGGCAGCAGCUCUGAGGGACGCUCUCAGGGAUGAAGAUGAGAUCCAGGUAGAUGCCUUUGGCUUUUACAGCACUUCAGGACCAACCCCACCAGCCAGUGCCAUCUCCAGCCUAAAAAAAACAAAAUCUGGUCGACCCAGAACUGGUAAGAUGUCGGGCACCCCAACGUCUCCUUUCAGCCCCUCCAGUCCAGGAUCUCCUCUUUACCCACAAUGCCGCGGCCUGGUGCCCAAGUGACCGCUUCUGCCACUACUGUCACUACCACAACCUCUCUCAUGCACCUCUCAACUUUGAGAGAAUGGGUUUGGUUUUAGUCUCUUGCUUUUUACUACAGAAUCUGGGAGGCUGUAAACGUUACAGAAAACUUUAAUACUAAUGCUGCUUUUUAGGUUUUAACUGUAGCCACACCACUAUUAACUGUUGUCAUGAGCUUUUUCCUUUGGAGAUUUAAACCAACUCAUCCAGAGUGUGAGCCAAUACAACGCCUGAAGCCUCACAUCACUCCACACUGCUAUUAGCUGCUAUGAAUGUCUUAAAUUUCACACUUACAGUGUUCUUAAUGUAUAAGAAAAAAAAUGAAGGGGUGUGUUUAUGUUUGCUGAACAUUUGUAUGUCUGUGUGUCUUUCUGUCACACACUGAUUAUUGAACCUUCUGUUAAACUGCACUGUCUUAUUCUGAUGGUUUUAAGGUGCAGGUGGUUGGCGUUCUGUGUCUUUAAGGAAGUAGUUCCACAUUUUGGGAAAUAUACUUUCUUGCCAGAUGAGAAAAUCAGCACCACUCUCGUGUCUAUUGAAGCCUGAAGUAAUCAGCUUGUUUUGGCUGCCUUCCCUAGGGGCCUGGCAACCUCAUGGUGACAAUGACGCUCCAGGAAGUCUUAAUGCCAGGUUGAACUAAUCACCUACUGGCUGUGGCUUCAUACUCUGUACAGACACUAGAGAAACAAGUGAGGGUAUUUCCCAAAACAUAGGGACUGUUUCUUGAGCUGUGUUUGAUUGUAAAUGUUAAGGCCAGAAAGUCGAACACAUUACAGACUUGGCCUGUCACCAGUUGCUGUAAAGAGUAAAGGCUGUUCUUACUGGGGCACAUCAGAUGGAAGGCAGGAGCGGUGGGAGAGAGCUGCUCACAUUCACACAAACGUACUGGGAUUAGCGGCACUGCAGUAGGCCACCAGACAUCCCAGCAGGAGAUGAAGGCUAAGCACACCCUGAGUCACGGAACACUUUUCCAAUAAGGCUGUGGCUCAGGUUCAUCAGGGUUCCACGAUGCCUUAACCUGUGCCCUUCAGCUCUGCUCCUUCAUUUUAAGGCCGCACACACAUACACACACGUUCUUCUCUGUCAUUGUUACUUUGUUCGCUCAUUCAUUUUGACAUAUGGGAAUUAUUUCCAGCACAGUCCGGACGUUCCAGUCAGACUGUAGGUAAAACAUAUGGAGAGGCAGAGCAUGUGGGCACAGCAAUCAACUGGCCCUAGGUUUAAGGCUGAGGGCCACAGGAAGAGAAGGUAGAAGAGGGAUGUCAUGCUAUAAGAUACAUUUAUUGAUCCCAAACACAUGAACAAUCACACAACAUGCAGAUUAGGGAAAUUUGUCUUCUGCUUUUGUCCCAUCUGGUGGACACAUCACAGGACACACAGGGCAGUGGGCAGCCAUUCACAGCCCGGGGAGAAGAUGUUGGGGGAGUAAGGUGCCUUGCUCAGGGGCACUUAGACAGUGGGGGUAGGGAGAGUGCUCUUUGGACUUUGGAACAGAGCCAGGUGUUGUCCUGGCAGGUAUGUUGUAUUGUCACCGUGAGGAGUCGAACCAACGACCUUCCAGUCCGAUGUCCGUAACUGUUGCCCAUAGUCCAAUGGUUCUGCCACUAGUCUACUUCUGUGUUGGUCUAACGGAACACUAAAAACCCAGCAAAGUGUUGAUAUCUUCACAGUAUUGUGGUGGUGCCACGUUUUAACAAAUAAUUUAAAUCGCAGACUCAGCUGACGUCUCUGACCCACUUCAGUGUAAAUUCAGAUUUCCUAAAAUGACGCCACCACAUCAACACUGAUCAGUACAUAUGACCGAAACUUUUCUUAAAUGCAUAGAACCCGUCUUCAAAGCUGAUCGCACUCAUUUAGUAAUUCAGCCCGUCCUGACACCACUCACUGUCUUUCUCUCUCGCGCCGAUAAUAGGCAGGUACACAUAUCUACACUUAGACUGGGCAAAAACAACAGAAUUUGUCAAUUUAAUGUAUGGUAACCUGGAGGAAAUGGUUGGGCGCACUUGUGUAGCUGGUCAAAACUUUUUUACAAUCCGAACCUUUAUGAAAAGACUCCAAAUGAACUCUGUAAGCGGACAACGUUAUCACUUCACUGAAUUACUUUAACAGCAUUUGAAUAGGAAUAAUUGUUCUACGUUAUAGUAGACACUGAAAUUAUAGCCUUUGCCUGGAACGGGGGGGAAUCAUGGCUGUCAGCCAUCGUCAAUGGAUGAUGGGAUAGUCCAUCAACCCAAACCCUACUACUGAGUUAGCUUUUACUGCCCACUGUGACUUUUCAACAGGCCGGGGUCAAUUGGCAAAUUAAAUCCUCUCAAAUACUUGAUUUGUGUAGUGGAUUGUUUUAGAGGCGUCACUAUGAAACUCAGUUAAAAGUUGAAAAGUAAAGGCUCUCCUGCUGUUUGGCCAAACGCCUACAUACAGAAAUAUGUUAUGUAGUUAGAUAUGUAACAGUGAAUAUAGACUGGUUGAAAUGCAAUCUUCAGUCAUUUUUGCAGCUGAAAAAAAAUCAAGUCUAACUUAUUAUAAUGCCUUUUUAUUAUAUACAUAUGUAGAUAUAAUUUUUUAUUCAUUUUCUUGAAAAUAAAUUUGUAAAUAUUGAGCUUUUAAAUUGUUUAUUUUUGUUGAUACAUAUAUUAUUUCCGUUUUUGUCUACAGUAAGGCGCAGGCUUUUGGGGUGUGUACGUGUGUGUACAUAUUUAAAUGUAUUGGUUGAUAAGUCUGUCACAGAUACAAGCGUGAGUCACCUGUAGAUAUAUGUACUGAGUAUUACACUACUGAGUAUUUACACAUUGAUUGAACAUUUAUCUUCAUUAACACAAACAUAAUCUUUCAAAUAAGACCUCAUUAUUGUAACUACCACUGCAGUGUUGUGUACCUUGCGCAUGAUUUUAGCACGCUUGAGAAUAAUACAUAUGGUUGUGUAUUCAUCACUCACAUGAAUCUGAAUAGGAGAAUGUGAACAUCUUAAUUUAACUGAACACCUUUGUGUGUGUCUGCUGUCGCCACAUCACUGGAUCGAACUGCAUAACUAACAUUUAAGUGACCAACUUUGAUAGUGAUGAGGCUUUUGUAGCCACUGGUGCACUUCUGUCUUUGUUUGUUCAAGUCUUUUUACAUGUUUAGUUUCUUUUAAUUAUUAAAGAAAAUUCAAUGAUAAGAUGGAAGUUUGUCCCGUCGCUGGAAUAUUUAAAAGAUGGAUAUGUGAUCAAAUUUAAAAAUAAACCUCAAGCCUCAUGUUCUAUGUAAUUAAAGCACCUGAAUAUCUACCUAUUGCACAAACGUCUGUCUGUAGAACGCAUAUCUCACGAACCUUUCAUCUAAUCAGCUUUGAACUCCAGGGAAGUGCAGUGUCGAGUUUGGGGGGAUUUGGAUAUGUCAACAGUCUGUGGACUGGGUUGAAGAUGUCUUUAACAUCCUCAGAAACUCUACACAUUGACCGGAAUAACACAGCCUUAAUUUUGAAAAGAUGUGAACUUAUUUAUUUUUUACUAUUUUAAUUUAGGUUUGGUUUUCAAGUUAAAUAAAUGAUUCAAAC